UUGGAAGUUUCACGAUUUUCGUUCAUUAGUGAAGUGGGAGGUAAAUACACGGAGGGAUUCGUUAAGAAACGACCCGGUGGAACUCGUGUGUUUAUCGGUUGGAAGAGUUUUUGUGUUCGACAUUGCCUCCGAUGGUCAAAACGAUGGCUCAUUCUCAAGGAUACAUCAGUAUGUUAUAUGGAUGCGCGAACUGAGCAGAUUCGUUUUGUUCUAUUGUUCGAUCGUGAUUUUGAAGUGUCCGCGGGACUCACCGAAACUGAAGGACUCCCAUCGGGAUUGACGAUCACUAAUCAGCAACAGUUAAUAUCUCUUUCGAAUUCUUUCAUCGUGUUUCGCAGUCAAAAAUUUCCACUCACUUUCAGUGAAUUAGCCUUGAAAUGUGCCAGUCCAUUGGAUGCAGAAAAGUGGAAAGUUGCGAUAUUGGAAUCGAUGAAUGGAUCAGGUCGUAUUUGGCGUGAACCGCAUCCGUACGGUUCAACAUUCCCAUUGCGACGGACACAGUCUUGUCAAUGGUUUGUUGACGGUCGAAAGUAUAUGGAACACGCCGCCAAUAUGAUGGAGUUAGCGCAAGAGGAGAUUUUUAUCGCAGAUUGGUGGUUGUCGCCUGAAAUUUACNUUGAUAUUAUCACAUUUAACAAGAUUUUCGCCCACAAACGAGAAAUUACCAAUUUCAGCGGAAAGCUGAGCAAGGAUAUCUAUACAAAACGGACAUUGCAAGGACUGCAUAAGAAUAUCAAGGUGAUGCGACAUCCAGAUCACUACAUCUCAUCGGGUACAUUCUUUUGGGCACAUCACGAGAAAUUGGUGAUCGUGGAUCAGAUGAUUGCGUUCGUCGGUGGUGUAGAUUUGUGUUACGGGCGAUGGGAUGAUUGCAGACAUAAGUUAACGGAUUUAGGAUCUGUUAAGUACGGCCUAUCGCAUGCGAUGCAAAGCAAUAAAGACUUCUCAAUGCUAUCCGCAAUGCGUACAAUGGCUGCGGAAUCUGUAACACUGUCACCACUUGGACUUGAACCGGACGAGAACGUGCCUGGUGAAAAGGACACGAAUAUGAAAAAUUCGAAUAGAGAAACGAACAAAAACCCAGAACGUUUCACCUCCGAAUGCGUUAUUAUGAUGACAGGAUCAACGGAUGAUGAUCCGAAUGAGAGCGCAAUCGAUNAUAGUAAAGUUGAUCCAAGAGUACGGCCUCUGGAAGGUAUUGAUGAGGUGGAUGAGUGUAAGGCCGGCAUGAUGAUUCGAAGAGAUUCUUCUUCAUAUCGGCAACAACAAGAAAGCGUUGUUGGUGACGGACAAUCGAACAGAGUAAUAACAUCAAAAACAACUUCAACAACGACAUUCAUAACGAAGCGAAGAUGGAAGUCUGCUAGUCAGUCGAAGGCUAGCUCGAAAUCAUCAUCCAGAAUUCGGAAAAGCUCCGGAACUGAGGAAGAAUCGGGUCAGAAUGAGAGUCAACGACCCAUAGUUACAGCAUCGACAACUACAACCACAGUUACAAGGCCGUUAGCAGUUGAUACUCAAAGUGAAAGUUUCAAACUUAACGGGAUGAUUUUUAGAGGCGGCGAACCGUCGCAAAGCACAUUCCACUAUGGUGGUAGUCAACGACUGUCAAUACCAACAACACCAGCAAAUGCAGAUGAACAACAACGAACUGGAAAAGCGAAAAGAUUUUUGUCAGCGAUUAGACACUCACCGUCAAUACCUCGUCGAUUGCGGGGUCAUACGGAUUUGCCACCAACUGAAAUGGUCGCGAUGAACGCGAAACACAUGGACAUGCAUGAAGCACUCAACAAAUACAAG